UGCACGAAGGGAAGAAGAAAUAGAUUCAGCAAAACUAUUUAGACCGCAACAAGAUGCAGACAGCAUGCAGCUAUCGACGCAUGGACGCAGACGCAGCGCGCGUUUGUUUGCACAUGACGUCAUCAGCCAGGGAGGAACUUCAAAUUCUCUCUGGGGACGGCGUCAGGGGUGCGUAGCGUUCUAGGUCAAGCACCUAGCAGAAUGGAGUCGGGUGAAGCGGUAACGGUCCAACCUGCCGUGUCUCUACAUGGCUUCCAAUUCCACACUCGCUGCCAGAAGAUUGACUGGCGUAAGAUAGCUGCAGUGGACAUUGACAAGGUAGCACGAGAAGUCGAUGUAGAAACGCUGCAGGUUAACAUCAACCACCUCACAUACUGUGACAUCGAAAAUGAAGUGGAUGCCACGACCGUAGACCCGAAUUUUAUUAAGCUGUUCAAGCUGGCACAGCUCUCCAUCGAGUUCCUAAUUCACUCCCAGGAUUCCCUGCUGCAGUCGCUGAGCGAGGCAGAAGAGCAACUGGUCGAGGUGAACAGGAGCCUGGAGGAGGAAAGGAAGUUCCGCAUCUGUGACCGAGAAUCCAUUCGUCAGCUUCAGAGAGAAAACCGUAAGAGGAGACGCAUCAUUGAGAAUCAGCAGCUGGAAAUGCUUCACGGAGACAAGCUCGCGCGUUGUGGAGCCGCUCAUGUGGUGCGUAGGCACCCUGGCCAGACUGCACCUACGGAGGACAUGACGCUGCACAGUUGGGGCGGGACUCCACCAAACAGGAGCACACCAGAUCUUACCGACCUUCCGAAAGAGAUACACGAGUUGCGGAACCUCUUGCGAGCCGAGAGAUCUGAAUUGCUCCGGCUGACGGCGCAGCUGCAAAACCUUCCCCCGAAGACAGAAAGCACGCCCAACUGCGACCGAACAUUUAAUUACCGGGAGGAUCCAGAAAAGGAGCAACUUCGAUGUGAACUGGAACGGUUGAGGCAGAAAUACAACGAACUGGCCCACAAUGCGCAGCAUUCGCCUUUCACCGCAACUGAGGGGGCUGUCCAGGAUGUCAACUACUGCAGGCUCUCCUCGCCUGUGCUAUGUGAUAAAGAAGUCCAAACUGCACCGAACGCCAUCAGCAAUGGAAUCUUGGAACAACGUCUUUCGCAGCAGCUCGAGUAUCGGCUUUCGCAGCAACUUGAGCAGCAGAAAAUGGAGAUGACUCGAUUCCUUACGAAGCAAGAACUUGCGUUCCAGGAAAGUGUGAACGCGCUCUCCAGGGACCUUGUGUGUCUCUCUAAGACGAGCAUGAACCUGGAGCAAAAGCUGUCACAGCUGGAGUCCCCGGGCUCACCGGCACGCCUUCCUACUAGAGCCGUCAACAACCUUGCGCUUGGGGGCAACAAGAGUGUCCGUCUUGUUGCACCUGCCGCACCCGAACCAGCAACUCUGUCCUCUCAUAGGUUCCCGCAGGGUACGGCAUCGGGGCCAAUGCCGGUGCCACGUCAAAGAGUUGUUUUCCAUAGCAAAUCUGUGAGGAAACCUUCCAUGUUUGUGCCAUCAUAUCAAGAUUCGAGCAUGCAUGUAAAAAAUAACGUGUCGAAGGGAAGCUACGAAAUCGGGCAGCCAACUCGGCAGUUUCUUUUUGACAAUAAGACUAUGAAAGAGCGAAUGAAAAGUGCGGUGCGCAGCACGCCAAAUUUAAUCGAUGCGCUCAAAGAGGAAAUUAUGGAUCUCACCAAGAAUAAGCUCUCUAGUAUGGGCGUUAAUUUGGAAAAUCCUGUUACCAACACGAUAUUCAGAGACUGCAGCCGUAAACUGAAAAGUGAACGCAGGCUUCUGGCAAAGCGAGACAAGCACUUCUUUGAGCUGCGUACUCGGGCCAGUCAAGAAGCGGAAAAAGCUGUAAAUCAAAUCAUCACUGAGGGCUCCAGGAAGCCAGUUCUUAGAUAUGAGAGCAAUCUCAGUCUGGGAAGCGUGGAAGAGCCUGCAGAACCUGUUCCACUGCGUUGUGACACAAAGAACACCAGCGGAAUGUCUAACAUAUCUACGACGAGUUCGGACGACGAGAAAGACAGUGCCGCUGAAACGAACCGCGUCGAUGCCGAUUCCUCGCGGAUGUACUCAGUACGUUACAACGGCAGAGAGGCUGGGACGACGUCGCCAGAAAUUACCAAACCUCUAAUAUCAAGUGACGAUGAUGAAGACUGCAAAGCUCCGGAAGAAACCAGGAUCAACCGAGCGCCGUCUUCUAGGGGCCCCCGAGAAAAAUUUGAGGCCAAGUCCAGGCCCCCGACACGUAUCUCAGAUCUGGUGCAGUCGAUUGAAUCUCAACUGCUCAAGCGUACUUCGAGGCCCCCAAAAGGCUCCGUCGACCUCGUGGAAUUCAAGGAGGCUGGCCCCAAGAGCUUGCACGCGGGUGACCAACACAGUCUUCAUCCCUUAAUAAAGAAGGAUGACGUUCCCGUAACUCCUUCACCCGGUGGGGCAACGAAAGACAGGGCCUCUCUUUCGCAAAAUUACAGCGAUGAUGAUGAUGCUGAAAGCCUGGACGAAGUGAACUAGGACAGGAAGGUGAAGAUCUCACACUUAUGCCUUACACAUUUUACCAACUUAUUUAUUUAUUGCCAAAUUAUUUAUUGACCAAAAAAUAAAAUAUCCGCUUUGGACAAAAAUAGUGUCCGCACAUUA